AGGUGUUGAUCGCAGGCAGGCGGUAGUGAUGCAGCAGCAGCGCGGAGGUGCGCGAGUGUGAGAGCGACUCUCAGCAGCAUCAUGGCGGAGCAGAGCGACUCCCCUGCGGCCGUCCAGACCCCGCAGCCGGCGCUCACCAGCAGCUGGCCCAUUGUCAGGGAGGCGUACGAGCUCCAGGAGGUGAUCGGUAGCGGAGCCACAGCAGUCGUCCAGGCAGCGCUUUGUAGCCCUCGACAGGAGCGUGUGGCCAUCAAGAGAAUCAACCUGGAGAAAUGCCAGACCAGCAUGGAUGAGCUGUUGAAAGAGAUUCAAGCCAUGAGCCAGUGUAGCCAUCCCAACGUGGUCACCUACUACACUUCAUUUGUGGUGAAAGAUGAACUCUGGCUGGUCAUGAAGCUCCUGAGUGGAGGAUCAGUGUUAGACAUCAUAAAGGACACAUUCAGCAAAGGAGAGCAUAAAAACGGUGUCCUAGAUGAAUCUACAAUAGCAACCAUAUUGAAGGAAGUCCUGGAGGGAUUAGAUUAUCUACACAAAAAUGGACAGAUUCACAGGGACGUGAAGGCUGGUAAUAUUCUACUGGGAGAAGACGGAUCGGUGCAGAUCGCAGAUUUUGGUGUGAGUGCUUUUCUGGCCACUGGUGGAGAUGUCACUAGACACAAAGUGAGGAAAACGUUUGUGGGGACCCCGUGCUGGAUGGCUCCAGAGGUGAUGGAGCAGGUGCGCGGUUACGACUUCAAAGCUGACAUUUGGAGUUUCGGAAUCACUGCCAUUGAACUGGCGACGGGUUCUGCGCCGUAUCAUCGCUACCCCCCUAUGAAGGUUUUAAUGCUCACGCUGCAGAACGAUCCUCCAACCGUGGAGACUGGGAUUGAGGACAAAGAGACGCUUAAGAAGUAUGGGAAAUCUUUUCGAAAGCUUACAUCCUUGUGUCUUCAGAAGGACCCUGCCAAGAGGCCGACUGCAGCCGAGCUUUUGAAAUGUAAAUUUUUUCAAAAGGCUAAGAAUCGAGAGUACUUGAUUGAAAAGCUGCUUAGUAAAGGACCAAAUAUAAUCCAAAGAGCCAAAAAGGUCAGAAGGGUUCCAGGGUCGAGUGGUCAUCUGCACAAGACCGAGGAUGGAGACUGGGAGUGGAGUGAUGACGAGAUGGAUGUGAUUAGUGAGGAGGGGAGCGCUGCUGUCAAUCACAGAAGGUCACGCAGGGUCAAAGACGAAAAUCAGCAUGGUGAAGUGAACGCUAACAGUCUCCCGCUAGAGGACCUGUCCAUUCAGCAUCCCCAGGUUAAAUCGUUGGAGAAACCCUCGAGCGCUCAGGGAGCGGUGAACAUGGUCCUGAGGUUAAGGAACACAAGGAAGGAGUUGAAUGACAUACGGUUUGAAUUCACUCCAGGGCAAGACACUGCUGAUGGAGUUUCUCAGGAGCUCUUCUCUGCUGGUCUGGUCAAUGGUCAUGAUGUGGUUGUGGUGGCUGCUAACAUACAGAAGAUUGUAGAAGACCCAAUUUCCUAUAAAGUAUUGACCUUCAAAUUGGCGUCUGGUUGUGACAUCACAGAGAUCCCAGAUGAGGUGAAGUUGAUUGGCUUCGCCCAGUUGAGCGUCGCCUGAUCGCAUCUCUUUACCACAGCAGAGGGAGAGCAGGAGGACAGAGAGAGGGAAUGGUCAAAACUCCCUCCUCCUGCUCACAUUCAGGUUUCUGUUUCCUCCCGAAUCACCUGCACUCCUCCGUGAAUGUUUGCACCUGUUCAGUCAAACACAGCACUCUUAUUCAAACACACACUCGCCACGCUCGUUCCCAGAUGCUGUAUGCAUUUCACCAAAAGCUGGAUUCCCAGAAUUCAAAGCAGGAGCUCAUUAUCUCAGGAGGCAAUAGCUAGUGAAACAAAAUGAUUAUUUUUUAAAUUAUUAUUAUAAUUAUGAUUGUUAUCGUGUUACCUCUUAGCUCUUACCACAUUGUUAUUAGUAUUAUUAUUUUUUAAAAGCCUUUUAUUUCACAAGAGUAGUGCAGAUCGUAGACCACAAGACUGAAGUGGAGACGUCUCCCUCUGAAUGUAAAAAGCACAUUUUCAUUCUGAAUGUUGACGCAUUUGAACUGUAUUGUACAUAGACCUUAUGAUGUCCAAAAUAUGGGAAUAUUUAGUUGUUUUAGUUCCAGCUCGAAGAGAGAACCGAAUGCUGCCAUGUGCAAACGUACUGCUUUCUGUUUUCGGGACAGUGUUGAUGCUUCGACGCUAGAGGUGCCUUGUUUUUGUUUAAUCUGUGCCUAAGAAACGUAUGUUACAGUAGGUCGUCGGGCAGAUUCGCUCAUAUUAUUCUGCGUUGAAGUUAACAGCUGAUGCACUUUGAUUUCAUGCGGUGCGAUGUACCUGCACCUGUGACGCUUACACCCUAAAUAUUCACGUUUAACCCGUUAAAGCUGACAAACAAGCUCAUCGCUACCACAACACACACCUUAAUCCUGAUGUAACGUAUGCACAAGACGAGCGAUGAUUACUCGUCAUUUUUACAGCACUCGAAUGUUUGUUUUUGAGCCCAGAAUGCAUCUGUCUAUCAGUGAACGUGAAGUAUUUCGUAAAGGAAACCAAAUGUCUACUACUGAACGAUAGAAAAGCCAUCUGUGUGUCUAAAACCAGUACAGUCGCUUGAAUUAAAUGAUUCUGUCCUCAGCCCAAAUGUAAAUAAAUAUGAAAUAAUUUAUUAUUAUUAAGUUGAAUUGUGUUGACUAUGUACCAUGCGUGUUCCCUCCCUACUAUUCAUCCUCUCUGUAAUCAGCAAAGAUAUAAGCUUUCUGCGAAGGUACAACAAAUAAAACGGAACUGCUACUAUUGAA